UGCCAUUAAAAGUCCAUUACGCUUCUCCUCUAUUCCGAUCCAUAUCUCCGCCAUGUCUCUUCGGAGCCUCUUUUUUGCAUUAGUUUUGGCAGCGGCAUUCCUUCAUGCCGUGCUUUCUUACGAGCGUCCGUUGCCGCGGGAAACCCUUUCAUUGCCGCUUAAAGACAUGGAUCCCACCUCGCCACAACAGGUUCAUGUAUCUUUGGUGGGUGGUGACAAGAUGAGAAUAUCGUGGAUAACAGAGGGUGAAUCUCCGGCACUAAUAAAGUAUGGUACGUCUAGUGGUGUGCAUAGCUUCUCUGCCACAGGGACAACAUCAACGUAUUCGUAUAUACUGUACAAGUCGGGACAAAUACAUGACGUGGUCACAGGUCCUUUGAAGCCGAAUACAGUGUACUAUUAUCAAUGUGGGUCAUCUUCGGCUCCUGAGUUCAGAUUUAAAACACCACCGGCUCAGCUCCCCAUCAAAUUCGCUGUCGUAGGGGAUCUGGGCCAGACCGGGUGGACCAACUCGACCCUCCAGCACAUUGACAGCUCAAACUACGACGUCCUUCUCUUGCCUGGGGACUUGUCAUACGCCGACUUCAACCAGCCACUUUGGGAUUCAUUUGGACGGCUGGUGGAACCGCUAGCAAGUCAACGACCCUGGAUGGUCACACAAGGCAAUCAUGAGAUCGAGACGAUCCCCAUUGUCGAAGGACAUGCAUUCAAGUCGUAUAACGCAAGGUGGCGUAUGCCAUUCGAGGAAUCUGGGUCCAACUCAAACCUGUACUACUCUUUCGACGUCGCUGGGAUUCAUGUGAUCAUGUUGGGGUCUUACACCGACUUUGAUACUAACUCACAUCAGUACAAGUGGCUCAAAGCUGACUUGGCUAAGGUGGAUAGGGGUAGGAGUCCUUGGCUGGUUGCUCUGAUUCAUGCACCCUGGUAUAAUUCCAACACUGCUCAUCAAGGGGAAGGGGACAGCAUGAGAGAAGCCAUGGAAGAUUUGAUUUAUAAUGCCCGUGUCGACAUCGUCUUUGCAGGGCAUGUCCAUGCCUAUGAACGCUUCGAUCGUGUACAUGGAGGCAAAGCAGACCUUUGUGGUCCUAUGCAUAUCACCAUUGGCGAUGGCGGCAACAGAGAAGGCUUAGCCAGCAAGUAUCUGGACCCCAAGCCUGAAAUAUCCAUCUUCAGAGAGGCGAGUUUUGGGCACGGUCAGUUUGAGGUGGCUAACAGAAGCCAUGCCUUGUGGACUUGGCAUAGGAACGACGAUGAUUUGUCCGUUGCGGCCGACACCAUUUGGCUCAAAAGCCUUGCAUCCGAGCCUGCUUGUCAGUAGGCACAUCGUUGAACCAAAAAUGGGACUUUAGUCAUGCUAUACCAGAUUCGGUUACCUACUCAAAAAUGCAUUUGAGGAGAUUGAGAGAUGACAUGGACUGAGAAUAUCUUCUUGUAGUCAGGAGAAGUUCGUUGUAAUGGCUCGUUGGCUUUAUAAUACAUAUACCAGUUGCUUUUU